AUGCCUGCAGACUACAAUGGAACCUGGGUCAUGGAGAAGAAUGACAACUUUGAUGGAUACAUGAAGGCUUUAGACAUUGAUUUUGCUACUCGUAAGAUUGCGGCCCACUUAACCCAAACCAAGGAAAUCAUCCAGAAUGGAAAUGAGUUUAAAACAAAGACACUCAGCACAUUUCGUAACUAUUUAGUGGACUUUACUGUUGGAGUGGAAUUUGAGGAACAAACCAAGACCUUGGACAGCAGGACGGUGCAGACCUUAGUAUCCUGGGACGGAGACAAACUUGUCUGUGUUCAAAAAGGAGAAAAGAAUAAUCGUGGCUGGAAGCACUGGAUUGAGGGCGACAAACUCUAUCUGGAAUUAACAUGUGAAGAUCAAGUUUGCAUCCAGAUAUUCAAAAAGAAGAACUAA